UUUGUGUGACCACGGCUUCAUUCGUGUGCCAUCGUUUCUGCUGUUUUCUGCGUUGAUUUCUAUACGCUUUACCUUUAUUACCAGCAACUGUUGUGGUGACGAAGUGUGCUAACGAUCGUUUUAAGUUCUAGAAAGAAGCGGCCGUGUAUCUUUAAUCAAUCCACCACCGUCGGUUUCAUUCGUCCGCAAGAAAAAUUGGUGCUGCUGGGUCCAGCAAUCAACACAAAGCGGUGCGAAGCGUUUGGAAGUCAAACAAAACCGAACACAAUUGGUCGUUUCGAUCCGGUAGCAGCGAACGAGGUGUACGUAUCGGUUGUGUCCGAAUCAACCGUGACCAGUGCCUGCAGUUGCACAAUAAAGCAUCGCAUCGGACAUAAAGAAGAACAGGUGAUUCCCAUCACCCCCGCCCUCCCCCCGCCGGGCCCGCCACCAACAAACAACAAAACCAGCUGAUCUAACAAAUGCCAAUAGUCACAGUCGUAAGCGAACGGCGUACCAGCAUCCGAGGUUAGGGGGGAACCGGGUUAAUCAUGGCACCGGAUGCGAUCGGAACGGCACUGUACAGUGAGAACAACAACCAGCACGAGAAGCCACAACAGCGACCGGUUAUGAUGAACGGUUCCCCGAGGGUUGACGAGCGCCAUGACGUUGCUAACGGUGAUGUGCAGCUCAAACACAACCAGCAACAACAACAACAACAACCAGCGGAUGAGGAUCGUUCUGCACGGCAAUCGCUCAUCAUACUGGCGGCCAUUUUCUUUACCAGCCUGUUUGCGAUGUUGUACGUCUAUGCAAUGUUUCCCCAGCUGGAAGAGUCUGAAAAGCAAAACCUUAAGGUGCCGUUCGAUAUCGAGGAUGCCAAGCAGCUGGGCCGUGUGCUCGAUCGCUACAAGGAUCUGUACAAUGUUGAGGUGAUGUUUGGCAUCAUACUGGUGUACAUAUUUCUACAAACGUUUGCCAUACCGGGUUCAUUGUUCCUAUCGAUACUGAGCGGAUUCCUGUACAGUUUCCCGGUUGCACUCACGCUCGUAUGCUUCUGUUCCGCGCUCGGUGCUACACUGUGCUAUCUGCUGUCGCAGCUGGUCGGACGGCGGUUGGUGAAGUACUACUUUCCGGAACGGGCCCACCACUGGGCGAAGCAGGUCGAUCGGCACCGGGACGAUCUGCUCAGCUAUAUGCUGUUCCUGCGCAUGACACCGUUCCUGCCGAACUGGUUCAUCAACCUAGUCGCGCCGGUGAUCGGUGUACCGCUGUACCCGUUCGCACUCGGCACAUUCCUUGGCGUCGCGCCGCCCUCCUUCAUCGCCAUCCAGGCGGGCAAAACGCUCUACAAGAUGACCAGUUCGAGCGACGCGUUCAGCUGGGGCUCGAUCGCGAUGCUGGCCGCCUUCUCCGUCGUAGCGCUCGUGCCGGUUAUCUUUAAGCGAUACUUUAAAACAAAGAUCGACUAAAGCGUGCCCGGGGGAUGGGGUUUUGCUGAUGUAUUUACUUCAAUGCUAAAAAUUCUUGCAUGACGUAUAGGCCCAAGCCGAUAGGUUAAUAAUAUGUAGCCAAAGAGAUAACAAAAAAAAAAACAGCAACUAAAUUAAGUAAGGAUAGCUGGGUAUGUGCGCGGGCAUGUUACGGUUACACGCGAUUAAUUCCUAUUAUUGCUACUGACGACGAGGAUGAUACGUAGUUCUAUUAUUUGUUUUGGCAUGGAACCGACCGCAAACUUUACGAUUUCCACAUACACGCGACGCACAUACGAUGGGUAACGAUAAGAAGGGUAUGGUUUAAAACACAUACCUAGGUGGAUAGAAGCUAAAAGGUAAGGGAACGAAUUAAAUAUGAACAGAAACAACAGCAGCUACUAGAACAAGACACACACACACAAAACGAAAGACAAAAUUAGCUUACAAUCUAGAGAAGCCAACUUAUUAGUAGAUAAAAUACCAAAACCAUCAAACCCGGUUUUCAAAAACAGAAUCAGUUCAGGAAUAUUCAAACCAGGAUAUAUUGUUCAGUUACUGUAGACAAGCAGGUACGAAACAGCUCAAACUCAAAAUUGUCACCAAAUUUACUGUCACAACUAAAUUGAAAUGGUGAGCAGCAAGCUGCUGCAAAAAGGGUAUAGGUUUCGGUUUUAUUUUACUGUUCAUUUGUGAUGUGAUCGUAUCCUUUAUUUAGCACGAAGAAUGAAGACGAAAACGGCGAUACACAACAUGCGUGCAUGUGUUGGAAAUCGGCAAAGGAAAGAUUAGUCAAACCAGUAGUGUGUAAGUAAUUGGUGAAAGAUGUCGGAUUGUAUAAAAAACAAAAUCAAACAAACACAAAACCAAGCAAAAUAGGGAGGCGUGCGUUACAAUAAGUAAUAGCUAAAUGUCACAAUAAUGAUGGCACGCAAGUAAGAUAACCGGAAGGAAAUGUGGAAACCCAGAAGGGUGGGAAAAACAAAAAAAUGCAAAUGGGCAAAUACCGCAAACACACAAAAAAAACAAGUCAUUGAACACGUCUAUCCGGCUUACGUGGGUGCGAUAGUCACGCGCUUCGAGUUAGAAGAUAUAGGUAGACGAUAAUUUAUUGCAUAGAAACAAAAUACAAAAUUCUGUGGUAUAGGUAGGUUGGGUGGGAGCAUGGGGUUUGCCCAACGAACCGAUUGGCAGUGUGGAAUAUGAUUUUCGCGAUUAUUUCCAAUUGUACCAUUCAUAAUAAAUGAACCGAUACGAUUAACCCGGACCAAAAGCUAAAA